UCUUUUUUUUUUUUCGCGCCUGAUCGCACGCCUCCCUCGUCAUUGGCAUCACCUACCGACGCCAUGCUCCAUGGAUUCCUCAAUCGUCUUCUUCACUGCAAUCAAGCCAUGUUUGUACGGAAGUUCAUCUUCCUCGUGGAUUACCGUGGCAAGUGGCAAAUGGCAAUGGUUACUUUGUGGCCCCGUAGCAGACACACACCUCUGUCUCGCUUCGUUAAUCGAGUCCACCGACCCGAUCGACGAGCUAAAAGUCAGACACUUCUUCCUCCUCUGCUUCUCCCUCUCUCUCGCGCGCCUACUCUUUGGCCUACUCUUGUUCUACGGGUGGAUAGGGCAGAGUGUUGUUGUUCCAGAUUUGCUGUACGUGCUCUGCUUUUUGUUGUGGAUGCGCUCCAAUGGGGAAGAAGGGGAGCGGCUCGUGGUUGACGGCGGUCAAGCGCGCGUUUAGAUCACCGUCCAAGGAGGAGAAGAAGGCCUCGAGGCAAAGAGAUGAGGCGCCGGAGCAAGAGGAGGAAGAAAAGCACAAGCGGGAGAAGCGGAGAUGGUUAUUCCGGAAGCCGUCGUCGUCGACGAGGACAGCGGACGAGAAGCAGUCAGCGAGGGCGGCGGUUCCGGCGGUGGUGACGGCGGAGCAGAGGCACGCCAUUGCUUUGGCUGUGGCCUCGGCGGCGACGGCGGAGGCGGCCGUGGCGACGGCGGAGGUGGUGCGUCUCAUCCGGCCGUCGGCAGACAGCUUCGUCAAGGAGCGCUACGCCGCCGCCGCCGUCUUCAUCCAAACAGCUUUUCGAGGUUAUCUGGCGAGGAGGGCGCUCCGGGCGUUGAAGGGGCUGGUGAAGCGGCAGGCGUUGGUGAGGGGGCACAACGUCCGGAAGCAGGCGAACAUGACCCUGCGAUGCAUGCAAGCUCUGGUCAGGGUUCAGGCCAGGGACCGAGACCAGCGAAUGCGGCUCGCACAUGAGUCGGCGGCGGCGGCCUCCGCCAUCUCCCACGGUAGCAACAAAUCCUCCUUCAGCUGCGACACCUCUCUGUGGGACUCCAAAUUGGUUCAAGACCUCGCCGAGAGGCGAUCCAUGUCGAGGGAAGGGAGCAGCUUCGCUGACGAUUGGGACGACCGGCCGAGAACCGUUGAGGAGAUCGAGGCCAUGUUGCAACUCCGGAAGGAGGUGGCGCUGAAACGAGAGCGGGAACUCUCGUACGCCUUCUCUCAUCAACUGUGGAGAUCGGAUCGUAACGCUGGCGAGGCGAAGAAGGACGGCGAGGCGGAGUCGGUGGGGGAGGAGCGGGAGGCGUGGAAGGACCGGUGGAUCGCGUCGAGAUCCUCUUUUGAUAACAGAGUCAGUAGCAGGGCGGCGAGAACCUCCACCGACAAACGGGAUCCUAUCAAGACGCUGGAGAUCGACACAGCUCGCCCUUUUGCCUACUGCUCCGCCCCGGCCAACAACCACCGCAAGUGUCCGCCGGUGCCGCAGCAUCCUCGCUCGCCUCUCCACCGCGCGCACCACCACUCGCCGGUCACGCCGUCGCCGUCCAAGACGCGGCCUUUGCAAGUUCGCUCAGCCAGUCCUCGCUGCGGCAGGGAGGAACGGAGCUUCUACGUUACAAUGGAGACGCCCAGCUAUUACCAGCACUACCAGGGUGGCGCGCCUGGGCAGCAACGCCGGGCAGUGGCGGUGCCGAACUACAUGGCGGCGACGGAGUCGGCGAAGGCGCGGGUGCGGUCGCAGAGCGCGCCUCGGCAGCGGCACGCGACGCCGGAGCGCGACCGUGGAUCGGCCGGGUCCGCCGCUAAGAAGCGGCUUUCCUUCCCGGCUCCGGCCCCGUACUCACAGAGCCUGCGGAGCCCGAGCUUCAAGAGCGCGGCGGGGCAGUUCGCCGGCGACUACCACUCCAACGUGUCGUCCUCCUGUAACGACAGCGUCUUCGGCGGCGAAGUGUCCCCGGCGAUGGCUCCGGUGAUCCUCCGGCGGGGUCUCCGGUGAUCCUCCGGCAAUUGCGAUUUCGCCACUUUCUGCUUCAAAAUUGCCGCUUUGUUUUUUUCCUUCUAAUCUCUCAGUUGCUGUAGUUGCGAUCUUAACCGGAGGGCGCCGAUCGCUUCUCCAAUCGGCAAUUCGCCAUUGAUAUGAAAUCAUGGGAAUGUGUGUUCCA